AUAAUCGCAAAUCGAUUGGCUUUCACAUCGCUUCACCUUUGUCCACGACCAUGCCAGCACCCGCCGAAUUCUUGAAGUUUGUGGAUGGACACGAGGAAGAGUUCAUUCAACGCCUCGCGAGCGCUGUAGAGAUCCCCAGUAUCUCUGGCGAUCCCGCAUAUCGCAAAGAUGUCUUCCGAAUGGCCGAAUUCCUUGAAGCGCAGCUCCAAACCUACGGUGUAGAGACGAAGUCCGUCCCGCUAGGCUCGCACACCCUCGAUGGCCAGGAGCUCGAGCUCCCUCCUGCUAUCUUGGGCCGGAUCGGUAACGACAAGAACAAGAAGACCAUCCUCAUCUACGGCCAUUUCGACGUCCAGCCUGCAGAGCUGUCCGACGGCUGGUCAUAUCCACCUUUCAAGCUUACCCGCGAUGAGGCCACAGGGCGGCUCUACGGACGCGGCUCUACGGACGACAAGGGACCCGUGAUCGGCUGGAUUAACGUCCUGCAUGCUCAUCAGGCGCUGAAGAUCCCUCUGCCCGUCAACCUGCGCUUCUGCUUUGAGGGGAUGGAGGAGAGCGGCAGCGAGGGCCUUGACGAGCUCAUCAUCAACGAGGUGCAAAAGGGCGAGCAGGGCUUCUUCGACAACGUUGACUGCGUCUGCAUUUCCGAUAACUAUUGGCUCAACACUCGCACCCCGUGUCUGACCUAUGGUCUGCGCGGGCUCACUUACUUCAAGGUUACAGUCUCUGGACCAGCUAAGGAUCUUCACUCUGGUGUGUUCGGCAGGAUGGUGCACGAGCCAAUGACGGACCUCGUCAUGCUGAUGAGCAAGCUCGUUGAUAUCAAUGGAAACAUCCUUAUUCCCGGCGUCGACGAGAUGGUUGCGGGGCCCACAGAUGAGGAAAGAGCACUGUACAACGGCCUCGACUACUCCAUCGCAGAUGUUGAAGUGUCGGCUGGCGGCUCCAUCGCGCUGAGUGCAGACAAGGCGGACGUACUUAUGGGCCGCAUGCGCUCGCCGUCGCUUUCUCUGCAUGGAAUCGAAGGUGCCUUCCACGGCGCGGGUGCUAAGACCGUCAUUCCUGCCAAAGUGUCAGGAAAGUUCAGCAUCCGGCUCGUUCCUCCGCAGACCCCCGAGAACGUCGAUCCGCUGGUCUACAAGUAUCUAGAUGCGGAGUUCAAGAAGUUGAAGAGCAAGAACUCGCUCGUCGUCGAGCAGCUGCACGGCGGAAAGCCCUGGGUCGAGAACCACAAGCACUGGAACUACGAGGCUGCGAAACGCGCCACCGAGCAAAUUUACAAGCAGACUCCCGAUUUCACGCGCGAGGGUGGGUCGAUCCCCGUGACGCUGACAUUUGCCGAGGCGCUCGGUGUGAACGUCUUGUUGCUCCCGAUGGGUCGUGGAGAUGACGGUGCACACUCCACCAACGAGAAAUUGGACAAAUCCAACUAUAUUGAAGGGAUCAAGCUGCUCGGCACGUACCUUUACGAAGCUGCAGCUGCGCAGUAGGUGUGGAGCCCGCAGGUGACGCCCCACCACACCAUCUCGCGAAUGCUCGUUCUAGAGGAACGAUCACGGAAUAAUGAAGACGAAGACGACCAUGAGAAGAGGGAAUAAUGUGAUAAGUGAAAAAGGGAGGUUCGUGUACAGGUACGGCAGCAGUGUAUGUGCGUGUGUAUCAGGGUCAUCUGUUGUAUCACGAUUGAGAACAACUCUCCUGGGGUUCACGC